UGCACUUGUAAUACAAUAUCUAAAGUCUAAAGAUUGAACUUUGUAACACAGGUGCUUACUCAAUAUAACACUAAAGUGUGACUAGCAUAUACACAUAGGUUUCAAGGCACAUAAAGUAAGGAAGCGAAGCAAGUGAAUGUUGGUGAGACAACUUAACAGCCAACUUUACUACAACAGGUUGCUCCUGCCAAAGGGCUCAUACAAAAGACAAUUGCUAUAUCUCUGUAUUUCUCCGAGAACCAACAACAACCAAGUUAAUGCUAGAAUGGCCUAUGAAUGGAACAAAGAUGGCUUGGAUCUCCCUGGAUUGCCGUUUGACACCUUUUCCUGGACUGGAAACACCAACCUGUGGAAAGCCUGUCAAAUAUUCGAGAGCAAUGACAUUCCAAGAGAUGUAAUGAUCCGGCUUCAUGAGACAUUUCUGAUGUUUACUCGAAGUGCUUAUAUAUCAUUCACGCCUGAAUACUACCAAUAUAUUGCCAUGGAUUUCCCCUGUAAAAUUUCAACAUCUUUAGUCAGUAUUGGAAAAUCUUCCUUAGUGUCAAAAAUUGAACUUUUGUCACAGAAGCAUGGUAACAAAAGCCUUGCAUGUGCCACCUAUCAGGUGGUUGCUGUAGAUAAAGGUACACGGAAAUCAAGUAUAAUACCUGAUUGGUUAAGGGAGGCAAACCCAGAAUCCACUACAAAGCCACGUCCAACAAUGAUGUCAGCAUUAGAGAUUCCAAAAGAUGAUGUUGACGUUUUCAAGUAUGAGGUCACAGUUGUGCCAAGUGACACUGACCUUUAUGGGCACUGCAACCAAAACACCUAUAUAAGAUAUUGCACUGACACUGCAACUGUCGCUGCCAGAAAGGAAAAGCUAAAGGACUUCCAAUAUGACAUGGUGCACUAUACGGCCAAGGACGUGUCUGUUAUAUAUUCAGGCGAAUGCACAAUAGGGGCAGUUCUUACAGUACACUGUUGGGAGGACCUAACAGACAACAAUGCCUUAUUCUUCAUUAUUAAAUCAAAGGAUGAGACUAUUUUCCACUGCACGAUCAACUUCUAUAGUUCACAGCCAACUGAAAACGCGAACAAAAGCGAUGAUCUUGCAUCUGCGAGACUUUAAAAUCAAAACAAAAAUGUUAAGCCUGGAGGAAAUGUACAAUGUCAUUCGACUUUAGUGAAUUUAACAUGUUUAAUGUCACGUCCACUUUACAGAUUCAAAAUCAACUCCUGUAGUAAUUUGACACCACCUUCUAAUUUGCCUGACUGACCUUCUAUUGUUUCUCAAAAUAAUUCUCCAAAAUCAAGAAAUGAGAGUGUUAAGCAGGGAAGUUUUGUAGGGAAUUUCAGUCUCAAAAAAUAACAAGUGACAACUUACACAUCCUCCGAGUCUAAUAAUAUUACAACAGAAUAUAAAAUCGAAAAAAUCUUAAAUAAAAGAAAUCAAUCGCUUGUUCUUGUCUCAUAUGGACAUAAAAAGAAAAAUGCCAAACCAGCAUUACCCGUAUAAUAAACCUAAGUUUUCCCUGGGAAAUAAACUGGGAAUAAAACUGAUAUUCAAAAAAUCCUGUAUACGAUCCCGUAUUAGCCAAAAUCCUGUAUCAGAUCCCGUAUUGGAUCCCAUAUCAUAUCAGCCAAAAUCCUGUAUCAGAUCCAAUAUCAGAACUAUCACAAAAUUUCAUAAGACUUAAUAUAAUUGUGUUAUUAUGGCAUAUUAUGAUCCAUUUUAGUAUUAAGAAUCAUUUCUAUUUUAAAACUUGUAAAUAAAAGUUGAAAAUGUCAUUCGACAAAUUAGAUAGUAUCAUUUAAUAUCACCAUCAUUGGGUGACGACAUACAGAACAAAUUUCAGGAAAUAUUAUGGAAUAAAUAGGUUAUCGAGAAAAUA